GGCUGCUGCUGUUGUCUCAUCCCCCACGGAGUAGUACGCUGUGGCCGCCCGUCCCCAUGGGAAAAGCAGUACAGCCUGGCAGGGGGCCAAGCCUCCCUCAGAGGCGCAAGGCUUGUUAGCAGGUCAUGGUAUACUGAAAAGGCACUCAAUCAAGAGAAAUCUGGGGGUAGCUGGAAACCAUCAAGUUAUUGAGGCCACACAGGGGGCAGAAGAGAUAGAGGAAAAAGGGUUUGUCAGAGUUUCUUCCUAAACCUGUCUUAGAAAUAGCAGCAUAUUUUAAUCAGAGAUUUAUUAUUUCUAAUGCUGCAACAAACGUACCAGGGAAUUAAAAGAGCCCAGUUCAGAAUCACCUUGUGUAUUCAGACACUUCCCAGUGCUGUCUAAGUCACCAAAAUCAGAUGACUUCACUAUAGAAAGCCGAUGGACUGGGCUUGUCUUGUGGUGGAGCCUAAUAUCCUGGUCACUCAGCAUCAGUCACAGGCUCUGAAAGGAAGAUGGUGCCCAGUGAGAGUUUGGAAAUGGACCAAGGAAAGUUCUGCAAUGUUACUAUGAGGACAGAUUCACCCAAAAUGACGGAUGUGGAGCCUGUGGUCAACAAUUUUGCGUCAUCAGCACGGGCAGGUCGCCGAAAUGCUGUCCCAGACAUCCAGGGUUCAACAGCUGCAGGCGGGACCUCAGAGGAGUUGCCCGUCAAACUGGAAGCCCUAUCCGUGAAGGAAGAUGUGAAAAAGAAAGAUGAAGAAACAGCACAAGAUCAAUUGGAAAAGCCCAAAGAUGAAGGAAAAUGAAGGCUCAUUACCUAUCAUAAGUGCUGAAUUUCUUCACAGUGAAAGACUUAGUGGCCCUGCUUUCCUGAGAUGUUUGAUCUGGUAGUAACUAUGGUAACAUUGCAGCCCUAAGCAACAUGUGUGUAUUAGAUAAUUUUGUUGUGAUGCUACUCACUUGGAUUACAACCAUGAUGUUCGAUGUAGGUUAUUAAAAGGCGGAUUACUUCCAAACUGCACCCAGGAGAGAGGUUAAGAGUGCAUGAUCAUUUAAAUACAUAUCUUUUGUCUAUAAACCCAGCUAAAUCCACUGUUCUCUUGGAUUUCUUAAGCCAGAUAUAUUUUAAAUUCCAUUUUUAUGGUAACAGGUAAACCAUUUCUUGGUAAACAUAAACCAAACACUAGUAAUUUAAAACUGUGUGGGAUUUGUAAGAAAUUGUGUUUUUUGGUGAGAAAGGUGAUAGAUUAGCCAAAGAAGGAUAGAUUAAAGUAUGUUUUUAUCCAAAUAUGAAGCUUUUCCCCCCAAACCUUAAAUAGAUUUGGAAAAAAUAGUAGAAGUUUGACAGCUCAAACAUCUCUAGAAAAUUUUUGUCUGAUGUAUUUUGCUUCUAGUCUAUGCAUACUGUGAUUUUUCAUGUGAACUCUUAAAAUGGAAAAUUUGUGAUGAAUAGUUUAUAUGAUAUAUGCCUAUUAAAUGAAUCUCACUAUCUUCCUUAAUUUCAUGUGCAUAUGUGUGUGUGUAUAUUUUUCUUUAAUGUGAAUUACACAGAACACUUUACUAGUCGCUUUGUACUGUCUUUUCUUAUUUUCAGGGCUUUUGUGUUUAUGACUUGUUUCUUAAAUGAUUUCCUCAGGAAUGCAGACCUUAAUUUUUAUAUCUUUCCUAAACUAGCUGACAUAAUAGUAAGCACUUAAGUGUUUAGUGAAUGGUACAGGCAGAAAUAGCAAAAUACUUGCUUUUAAUAUAUAUUUAAUUAUAUAUUUUAAAAGGAAUGAAACCAAAACCAAAGCUUUAGUAAAUUUUGAUUUAUUUGAUAUUUUAGGAGAAUCAUGGAAUUCUGAAUUUUUAAAGAAAAUGUGACUAAUGGAUUUAUUUUUAUUUUCAGAUCUAUUUGCAUGCAGUAUUUUAUUUGAUUGUUGACUUAGGCCACAUCUGUAUACAGUAAUCAAAUAAACUCUUUCACUAUUAAAGAAACUUA